AAGUCACGUCUCGUUUCCCUGGCGAUUGGAGAGUUCAGUCUCCAGUGGAGUUAGGAAACACUCCCAGGCAGGUAACUAACGAAACCAAACAACACAUGCAACUCUACCUGCACAGUCUAUAGUGGAUCUACAGAGACGCGGGAGGAUGUGCGGUUUUUUAUCUAUCCUGGUCGGUGUAGUUUAAAACACCGAUCACUUUCUGUGGGGGCAGCGUUUCUGGCACACCACGAGGUCACUCAACCUGCAACGCCGGGAUGGAACGGUGCUCUGGCUUUGUCAAGGUGAUCGCGGUGAUGGCGAUCAGUCUGGCCAUUGGACUUGUGUUAGACGUGCGGGAUACUUCCGACAUGUUUAUUGGUUUUCCAUACCCGGAGCUGUGGAGGAAAGCGGGACUGGCAGGUGCGCCAGCCCGAGCUGCUGCCUGCAUCCUCGCCGGGGUGUCCUUACUGGCAUUAGGCUGGCUGUACAGGCUGAUUUUCGCUCCCCUGGAGCUGCUCCGGACGGCCGACGAAGUAGGGUAUAUUGCAGAAGAUGGUCGUUCGCGCGCACAGGUUGCCAACGAAGUGCGUAGGCGUCGGAAAACAGGGGAGCUACCACCAGUGUACCCGAACGGCUGGUAUCGAGUGCUGGACUCACACACGCUAGAACGGGGCGACGUUAAGAAUGUCACAUUACUUGGUGAGCAGGUGGCAGUGUUUCGCUCUGAAGACGGGACGGCCUACGUGGUGGAUGCCUACUGCCCACACCUGGGCGCCAACCUGGCGGUAGGGGGACGGGUCGUCGGGGGCUGCAUUGAGUGCCCCUUCCAUGGCUGGCAGUUCCGUGGCAAGGAUGGGAAGUGUGUGAAGAUCCCCUAUGCUGACAAAGUCCCGGAGUUUGCAAAGGUGCGUUGCUGGCCCAGCCGUGAGGUGAACGGGCUGGUGCUGGUGUGGUUCCACUGCGAUGGUGCUGAGCCCAGCUGGACUGUCCCGGAGCAGGUGGAGAUCACGCGCGGGGAGUGGGUGUACCGCGGCCGCACCGAACACUUCAUAAACGCGCACAUUGAGGAGAUUCCUGAGAAUGCGGCUGACAUUGCCCACCUGGCACACUUGCACACGCCAGGCAUCGUCAGCGGCGUGGACCUCCGCUACACCAACAGCAAGACCUGGGAGUUUGUGCGUCACGACUGGAAGGUGGACUGGAAACCAGAGCCGGAACCCAACCUACAUUGCUCUGAGAUGCUAGUGAAACAUGCGCUCACUGUGUUCGGCCGGCGGUGGCCACUGCUGGACCUGGAUGUGGUGGCCAGACAGGUGGGGCCCGGCCUGGUCUUCCUUCUCUUUGACCACAGCUUCCUGGGCCGUGGGCUGAUCAUGCACUGCGUGACCCCAGUGGAGCCCCUCCUCCAGUGCGUCUCUCACACCAUCUUCUAUCAGAACAGCAUUCCGCCGCUGGUGCCAAAAUUCAUCUUGCGGGCCGAAUGCAUCCAGUUUGAGCGGGACGUGAUGAUUUGGAACAAUAAGACGUACAUCUCCAGGCCCAUGCUGGUGAAGGAGGACUCGUCCAUCCAGAGACACCGGCGCUGGUUCAGCCAGUUCUACAGCGAGAACAGCCCUCGACUGCGCUACCAGCACGACUCAUUGGACUGGUGACCUUUCACCCCGGUCCAGAAGGAGGGGCCUGCUGGGAGAUUGCGAGGCAGGGCACAAGCUGGAACUUCAGGCAGGGAGAGAUGGUGAGAGGGAAAGAGAGAAAGCAUGUUCAGAAAAGUAGGUACGAGAGGGAGAGACCGAGGGAGAAAACAGAACUCUUGUGAAAGUUAGAUAAAGUUGAUUUGCACCUACUUUUACCUUUAGUUGUCAUCAGGGAACCACCAAGAAAUUUUCCACUUUCCUCAUAAACUGCAAGGAGAGUUUUAACUUCUUUUUUCUUUUUAAUGGGAUUUCUCCCAAGAGCAAAUGAUUCAUAUAAUAUCUCUCAAUACAUAACUGCAAACUUUCCCAGUCUUGUGAGUUUUGUCCAUAGGUCCUUUCAUAAUUCUUUGUAAAUGAGAUGCCACAUUUGUAGAGCUUUGUGACAGUACCUUUCUUUGGAGAGCUAUAUCAAGGACAAUUUCACUGACUAAGUCAGGGGAACAGAUAGAGAGGGAAGACAGAGAGAGAGCGAGUGGAGAAGAUGGGAGGAUGAGGAGGACAUAGAAAGAGAGUUCCGGUAUAAAAUAGAGGGAACAGAGAGGGAUGGCAACAGGGCCCGGAGGGUGAUAGAAAGGGGACGAACAUGAUUGAGACAGGAAAUGGGGAGGAUGUGUCCUUGCCCUGCGGUGAUAUUAUCUUUUGUUCAUUUAA